AUGGUAACCCAGGAUGAGAAACAGCGAGAAAUUGGGAGCAAUUUGCUCACCAAAACUUUUUCAGCUGCUACUAUGUGGUUUUCUAAAGGCUCCAAUUUCAAUCACAAGGCCUCCAUUGGUGGUGGUAGAAGAGACGGCGGUGUUAGUUAUGGUGCUGAUUGCAAUAAUGAUGAAAGAUGGAUAAUGGUUGUAGUAAUGGUGGAAAGCAACAAUGACAAUAAUGAUGAAGGUGGUGGUGGCGGUUGGCGUGAUGGUCAGGGUGGUGGUGGUGGUGGUGGCUGUGGUCACCAUCCAGAUUCUGAGAUUAAGAGACUUGUUCCAACAGGACCAAACAACCAAACACACCCUUCUCCUCCUCCUCGUGAUAAAACUUCCCCUACAACUGCUGAGAUUAAGAGACUUGUUCCAACAGGACCGAACAACCAAACACACCCUUCUCCUCCUCCUCAUGAUAAAACUUCUCCUGCAACUCUUGAGAUUAAGAGACUUGUUCCAACAGGACCAAACAACCAAACACAUCCUUCUCCUCCUCCUCAUGAUAAAACUUCUCCUGCAACUCUUGAGAUUAAGAGACUUGUUCCAACAGGGCCAAACAACCAAACACACCCUUCUCCACCUCCUCAUGAUAAAACUUCUCCUACAACUCCUGAGAUUAAGAGACUUGUUCCAACAGGACCAAACAACCAAACACACCCAUCUCCUCCUCCUCAUGAUUCAAAAGGCAAUCUUGCAUCGUGGUAUUUUGAGAUUAAAAGGCGUGUUCCUGAUGGCCCAAACAAUAAAACUUCCCCUCCAAGUCCUGGCUCCCCCCCAAAUCCUGGCUCUCUUCCUAAUCCUAGAGACCCUAAAUAA